GUAGCCGCAGAGCACGCCGAGUACGCCGGCCGGGCCGAGGACGCAUCCGGCGGCGAGAGGCGCGGUGACCGACGGAGCACCGACUGACCGGUCGCGUCCCGCUCUGCUGCGCUCGACGCCGCGGACAGUGGCGUCAGUGUGAGCGUGCUGCUGCCAGUCGCAGGCGAGAGGGUACUCACACCACAGGACGGCAGAGACCGACAGGACAGCGAGUGCCGCGGUCGGCGCGGGAGCACCCAGCCUGCGUCUGCCGGUGGCUGGUGUGAACAGUCGUCCAGUGGCCGAGUCGCCGCCCGUCGCGGCUCGCGGCAGGAGACAAGAUGCGGGCCGCUCUGCUGCUGCUCUGCACGGCCGCUGCCGUGCUGCUGACCCGCGCCCAGGACCCAACAGACUGUCCACCCUGCUACGCGCUGGUGGAGGAGGCGGUGCAGACGCACCGCGAGCGUCUGACGCAGCUGUCAGAGCUGCUGCGGAGCAUCGGCGCCGGCUCUUCGCUGCAGGAUGACCGCGAGUUUUUACGCCAGAUCGCCAUUGUCUCGACCAGCAUCCAGGACCUCUUCAACGAUGCGCGCCGCGCGAUCAUCCGCGACUCGUCGCCGCUCGAGCUGCUCGGCGAUCUCCAGGAGCGGAUUGAGGAGGUCAAGAAGGUGGCCGGCUCGAUCCUGGUGCACAUCGAGCAGGGCCGCGUGGUGGCCGGCCAGGGUGAGCGCGCCAUCACCGAGGCCGAGGCUAUCAUUCUUCGGCUGAAGCAGGCGCUGAGCGGUGCCCUGGACUUCCUCGAAGGCGACGGCGCCGAUGCCCUGCGGCGCGCCGUCGAGCAAAGCAAGCAGUUCGGCCUGCAGAGUGCGCGUAUGUCGGAGAUCGCGCGGCAGGCGCGUCAACUGGCUGACCGACACGAGCAGGAAGCCGACAUCCUGGCUGACGUGGCCGGCUGGGCCGUCUCCAACUCGUCGGCCGCCUAUGAGCUCGCCUAUAAGCUGCUGGAGCAGCAGCGGAACUACAGUACGGAGACCAGCCUGCUGGAGUCCAGUCUCAGCAGCACGGAGACGCUGGUCUUGCAGACCAUUCAUCUGGCUACGCAAGCGCAGAAGGAGGCCAACGAGGCGUACGACACGGCUCUCAGCGUGUACAGCGAGGCCAGGCUCAACUUCGGUGGGCUCGACAUCGACGGCCUGAAGAGGCGCGCCGACUACCUCCAGGCUGAGGCACUGCGCCUGAAGGCUGACCUGGAGGCGCUGACCCGCGAGCACGGUCCGAUGCUUGAGUCGCUGACGACCGACAUCAGCUCCAUCACGAUCCUGAUCGAGCGCGGCAUCAGCCAGCAGGAGGCGGCUGACAAGCUGCUGGCCGACGUUACAGCCGCUCGUGAUAAGGCUAUACAGGCGGUCGCCGCCGGUGAGAAGACGCUGGAGGAGGCGCGCAAGACGCUGGAGACGCUGCAGCGGUUCGACCGGCAGGUGCAGGAGUCGCGCCAGGAGGCGCUGAACGCGCUCAGGCUGGUGCAGGAGAUCCUGCGUCUGGUGGAGGAGGCCGAGCAGAGGACGGUGGACGCGCGUGCGGCCCUGCAAGGUGCCGAGCGGAACGCCGACGAAGCUCGCGACAUGGCCGGCGACGCGGCGGCGCUGCUGGAGGAGACGCGCCGUGAGACCAUCGCCAUCCAGACGGAGGCGGCCGAAACAAAGAUUCGGGCGGGCCAGCUGCAGAGCGAGGCCAGCAGCCUCAACAUACAAGUGACCGAGACCUCCGUCCAGGUGGAGCGGUACGAGGAGCAGGUGGUCCGGGACGCGGCGCUGGCGCGCGAGGCGCUAGAGAAGGCCAACCAGGCCAAGAGCAGCGCGGCCGACGCCUCUGCCAAGGUGACGGCGGCUCUGAAGCAGGUGCAGGAGAUCAUGGCGGCGCUGGCGGCGGCCGGCGACCUGGACACAUCGGCGCUGGACGAGCUGGAGCGGCGCCUGGAGGCGGCCGAGGCUGAGCUGGCACGAGCCGAGCUCGAGCAGAGGCUGGACGAGCUCCGCUCCUAUCGCACACAGCAGAACCGACUGGUUCGAGACUACGAGGACGAGCUCGCUUUCCUGCGGCUGGAAGUGACCAACGUACAGGACAUUGCCGACGCCCUGCCCACGGGCUGCUACUCGCGAGUCAAGCUUGAACCGUAGCGCCGAGCGCCAGUGCUAUGUUUAGCUGCGCCUUCCUAUCAACCGAUCACGGUCUGGCGGUUUGAUAGGCUUGCUUUCCGACACCGCUUGAAUUUCAGCUGCUGAGUGCAAUAACGCGUGUGCUGAUUUAGAUGGGACCUCGGGCUGGCCAGCGCCGCUUAGUGCGGAUGGGUCCUCGGGUUGGCCAGCGCCGCUUAGUGCGCCACCUCGGGCUGGCCAGCGCCGCUCAGUGAGGAUGGGACCUCGGGUUGGCCAGCGCCGCUUAGUGCGCCAUCUCGGGUUGGCCAGCGCCGCUCAGUGCGCCCCGACGCUCCUCGCUCGAUGGAUGCUAUGCACCCAGGAAAUGUUCGUGCGUUUGUUACAGAUAGAAUUUGUAUGUUGUUCAUUCUAGCCUUAUGCUUAUUGUAGUAGUCAUCACUGAACUUACCAAUACAGGCUUACCAUUGAACUUA